AAGAGAUGAAUAAAAAUUUGUAUUUUCGACUAAAAAUCAAACGAUGAAGACGUCAAAGAAGAAGAAAUUUGAGAUGGGGGAAGAUGAAGUGGACAAUAUGGUUGGUUUUCGUGGAAAACAGAAAAUUCAUGAUGAGAACAACGAAACUGAGGACUGUGUCGAUUCUGGCGGAACAACGACACAGAAUGGAGUGGAUAAUCAAAGUAAAGGUGAUAAGGUGCCUAGAGGAAUGCUGAGAAAUAUGGUUGGAAAGAGAGAUGAAAAAGCCACCCUUAUCAUUGAUGAGAAAGACACCGCUGAAGAUGACAAAACCGACAUUCAACUGUAUCCAUUUAGCGUUUUGGACUUUCUUGGUGCUAUAGUUUCUAUAAUAGUAUUUGCAGUUGACGUUGUCACCGACAUUCUACUUGCUCUGGAAUAUAAGGAUCAUGGUAGAACAGUAGAAUGUGCACUCACGUCAUCAGUGGUGGUUGCGUCAUUUCUGGUGGCGGGAACAUUGAGUUCUAUUUGGUAUGUACAAGACGGAAGUGGACCUAAAGGAAGAAUAACGAAGACUCUCUUCAUCAUAGUAGCAUUUCCAUUUGCUACGGUUAUUAGAAAAAUCUCGUACAUCAAACAUGGCUGUCUAAGUCGCAAGUCUACUGAUAAACAGAAGCAUUACAACAGAAUGAUUAAGGACAAAUUGGAUGCCUGCUUAUUAAGUAUGUUUGAUGCCUUUGUUGAAUCCGCUCCUCAACUAAUCAUCCAGAUUUACAUUACGAUCCACACCCCGCCUCAAGAAACUUUGCAUUUAGAAAUACUGCGCUCCAUCACCAUAGCAUCCUCUUUAGCGGGCGUGGCUUGGUCGAUUACGGGAUACAACAGAGCACUCCGUGUCUUAAAUGCAACUUCCGGUUUGGCAGCCAAUACGAAAUGUGGAGCUGUGGGAUACUUUCUCUGGCGAGUGUUCGAGAUCGGGCCAAGAAUCACAGCCAUUGUGAUGUUGAUAUCAAUCGAAGGAAACGGUCCCUACUACAUUAUUUUUGGUGUUCUAUUCCAUUGGAUGAUCAUGAUAACUGUUGCUUUUUUCAAAAAUUUGAGAGUUUAUAGAAGAAAGCUACACAACAUUUUAUUUAUUGUGUUCAUUGGAUUUGUGCAAAUUGUAUCUUUCAUGAAUUUGAGCCAAGGCAAAUCCCGAGUUCUUGCCAUAGCGUACUACUCUUUGUUCCACGUGGAAAAUGCCGUGAUAGUGGCGCUGUUCGUAUUUUGGGGUGACGUAGAUACGUCCAGUUUGGCAUAUUUAGCUACAAUAUCAGUGGCCUCAUCUGGAAUCGUUUUCUGUACUCUAUUCAUGCUGAUGUACUACACACUUUGUCAUCCUAAAGUAGUAGGUUCAUGCAGAAGUGGCAAGGGAGACGUAGAAUUAGCAGAGCAAGCGUAGUUGUGCAUGAGUUCAAAGGCGGUGUAAAUACAAACAUGUAUCGGUGAUCCGAGGACUACUGUACUGGGGACUUUUCAGGACUAGGGCAUUUCCUGUAAUACUUAACAUUUUAUGCAUUAUAACCCAAUGCUAUCAACAGAAGUGUGAUAAUGGUUGAUUUGAAUCUUUUUAACAAAUACUCAGCUCGUAAUUCAUAGAAUUAAAAGCAUUGAAUUAUCAAGUACAUGUACGAGCUUAUAUUAAAUUGUCGUCACUCAGUCGUUUGGAAGUUCUUCAAAUCUAUUACAGUGUAUAUCGUUUAAAUUCGGUAUAUUUUCCAU